GCAGGAUCCACUGCGCUUUGCUCGGCUAGGCAUCGUGCUCAGGCGUCGAGCAGCUGUCGCAGCGCAUCAGACCGCACCACUGCGGCGCUCCGAGAGACAAGCGGUGCAACAGCCAUGGCGCCUCGCACUGCGAGAGCCCUGCUCUGCGUGGCCGCGGCCGCGGCCCUCGUGGCCAAGCGCGCGCCGUUGCCUAGAUCUAUAACAAGAGCACGAUCAACGAUAGUGAUGAAGGACUUCCCCCAGCCCAACGUCUUCGAUACGGACCCGUAUCGCGAGGGCAGUCGAUUGUCCGACCGGUUCAAGACCGAUCUGCAGGCGGGAGACAAGAAGAAGAAAGUAGCGAUCAUUGGCGGCGGUCUGUCAGGACUGAGCUGCGCCAAAUACCUCAGUGAUGCGGGCCACGAGCCGACGGUCUACGAAGCGCGGGACGUGCUCGGGGGCAAGGUCUCCGCGUGGCAGGACGCGGACGGCGACUGGAUCGAGACGGGCCUCCACAUCUUCUUCGGGGCCUACCCGAACAUGAUGCGGUUGUUCAAGGAGCUCGACAUCGAGGAUCGGCUCCAGUGGAAGGUGCAUAAAAUGGUCUUCGCGAUGCAACGAUCUCGGCGUCCCGUUGUGUAGAGGCGCCUUCACGCCAUCGACGCGACUCGUGGCCAUCUCACGAUGACGUGGGUGGUUUCUUUUUCGAUGUCGAGGCUGUUCGGACCGCGUUCGACGGGAGAUGCUCCGCGCAGGCAGGAGCUCCCGGGCGAGUUCACGACGUUCGACUUCAUUCCGGGCAUCCCCGCGCCCUUCAAUUUUGGGUUGGCCAUUCUCUUGAACCAAAAAAUGCUCACGCUCGGCGAGAAGCUCCAGACCGCGCCUCCGUUACUACCCAUGUUGGUCGAGGGCCAGGAAUUUAUUGAUGCGCAGGACGAGCUCAGUGUCCUAGACUUCAUGCGCAAGUACGGCAUGCCCGAGCGCAUCAACGAGGAGGUUUUUAUUUCGAUGGCCAAGGCCCUCGACUUCAUUGAUCCGGAUAAGCUGUCGAUGACGGUCGUCCUGACGGCCAUGAACCGCUUCCUGAACGAGGACAACGGCCUGCAGAUGGCUUUUUUGGACGGGAACCAGCCGGACCGGUUGUGCGCGCCCAUGGUCGAAAGUAUAGAGCGUAAUGGCGGCAAGGUGUUCUGCGAGAAGCCCAUGGAGCGCAUCGAGCUUAAUGAGGACGGUUCUAUCAAGAAAGUCGUGUUGCGAGGUGGUGAGGAGGUUGUUGCCGAUGAAUAUGUUUCUGCACUACCAGUAGACGUCCUGAAAAGAGUAGUACCGGAAAAAUGGAGCACGAUGCCCUACUUCAAGCAGCUGGACGAGCUCGAAGGUAUUCCUGUUAUUAAUUUACAUAUGUGGUUCGACAAGAAGCUCACGACGAUUGAUCAUUUAUGCUUUUCACGAAGCCCGCUACUCAGCGUCUACGCGGACAUGUCGACGACGUGCAAGGAGUACGCCGACGAUGAUAAGAGUAUGUUGGAAUUAGUGUUCGCGCCCUGCUCGCCCAUCGCCGGCGGCGACACGAACUGGAUCGCCAAGUCUGAUGAAGAUAUUAUCCAGGCGACGAUGGGCGAGUUAGCGCGCUUGUUCCCCACGGAGAUCGCGUCGGAUCCCAGGUAUGAGGGCACGAUGAAGCCGCGGACCUUCGAAGGUGGGGCCUUGCCUGAGUUGCCCGAUGGUGCGAAACUGAGGAAGUCCGCGGUCGUCCGCGUGCCUCGCUCGGUAUAUGCCGCAAUUCCAGGCAGGAACAAGUACCGCCCUAGCCAAAAGUCGCCCAUCGACAACUUCUCGCUUUGUGGUUGUUUUACUUCUCAAAAGUUUUUGGGCUCGAUGGAAGGCGCUAUUUUAGCGGGAAAAUUGGCCGCGGAGGUCGUGGCCGCGCGCGCCGUCGGCGCGGACGCGCCGGGCGACAAGGUCAUUCAGCAGCACGUCAUCGAUGAAGCGGCAACGGCGUCGCCCAAAAAACCCGUGGGCUGCAAGGGCCGCACCGCGGUCGCGUUCGGCGGCGGCUACACCUUCGACCAGGCCAUCAAGCGGGAGCUCGAGGGCCAGGACGCGGUCCAGCUGACGCCGCUGAACUAA